AUGCCGGGUCUAAACAUUCUAGAAACAUAUAAAAUAGAUCUUGCAUACGAUAUAAGCGAUAUAUACAAUGAGUUUAUUCUUCCUCUAUUUAGAAAAUCCUUGAAGAUUCUGCAGACCCGUGAGAUAUAUCUCUCAGAGCACACCGAGGUGUUACAUACAAGCAAGGAAAGGGAUGAAGAAACUACUAGCUAUUUACUGAGCUGGUACACCAUUAGAGAGUGCAUUAUGUUUAUUGCAGUGCAUGCUAUAACAACUAAUGAUGUGCAGUGUUUGGACAUUUUAACUGAUGCACUACUGACUGUUGGAGGGCAUUUGGGAGUUAUUAUGAUAGCAUCUGAUGUGAUAAAGUCAAUUCUUUUGUUCUGUGAUGCCCCAGAAACAACUUUGAACUAUGCGAAAGAUUUAAUGAAUCUAAUCACAACCAAAGACCUAAAAAACAUUAGAAGGGAUGGAGGAAUUCCAUAUGCCUUUAAGGCACUUAGUGCAUCAGAAGGGAAUUCAAAGAGCAAAAUAGCCACACACUAUGUUAUGAAAGAGGCACUGCAGAGAUCGUUUAUGCUAAUUGAAAAUAGAUUUGUAUUUAAGCCGGUGCGUGACAAUUUUGAACUCACAUUUUCUUCUGAUUGUGGUAUAUCCCAGCUGCAGAUGGAAAAAGAUGUGUCUAGUGUGGAGCCAAAAAUAGAAAAUGAAAAGUAUCUAAUACACUAUCUCAACGUGCUUAAAAGUAUAUCAAGUGAUGGGAUAUUCAAAUACGACAUGAGAGUGUAUGAGCCAUCCCUAUUUCUGCUUUCUGCUAUGCUUAUUUCCCACAGCAACUGGAAAGUAAGAAACACAUCGCUAAUGCUAUACACCACGCUAAUUAAAAAAAUGUGCAAAGAAACAUUAAACACCCUAGAAGAUGCAAGGUAUUCAAAAAUAUCUGUUAACAGCACCUCCAAGAAGGUACUGUGUGACUGCUUAGAAUACUUUACUGCACAAAAUGAUAAAAAUGGAAUUUUUUCAUGCAUAGUCUUCUUCCUGCGCAUAAAUCUAAUUGACGAGAGAGAAAGAGGCCUGCUGUCCAAAAUAAGAGCUACUUCUUCCUGUAAAAGAACAUGCAAAAAGAUAGACCAAAUUCUACAUAAAACAACAGAGCCAGCAAAUGAUAUUAUAAUCAGUGCUCAUACUGUGAUACCCAGGGAUGUAGAAAACAUUUUAGCAAUGCUUGUCUCUAAUGAAGAUGAAAAUGCUGUCGGAGUAUAUAACACAGGGAAAAAAUGUGCUGGCAUAGACAGUGGGUGUAUGAAACUAGAAAGUGAAAUACUCAAUAUCUUAGGUAGUGAAGAUGAGUACAUUAGAGACUACGUAGUAAAUAAGUACAUGCCAAACAGUUCAUACGAAUAUGCACUUCAUGCACUUGUGUACAGAGCAAGGUGUAAAGUAUGCCUAAAAGCGCGUAUAGAUAGUUCCAUGGCCCAAAUGCAGUGCAUAUUAGGAAGUGAGCAAUUUCCAUCUGAAAGAUUAAAUAUGUUCAGAGACUUUUCAUAUGAGCUAUCUCUAUUGCAGCGUGCAUUGUGA